AUGGCUGAUGCUGCUUUGAACAGCACCACUGCCACAUCGGUCAUGAAAGUCUCUACAACUUUCAACAUGGACCAAAUCAACCGAAUCAACGGGUUCUUUGACUCGACCGCUGGCGCAAUCUUCUUCACCUUCAUCUGGGUCAGCUUUGUUGUUGGAAUGAUUGCAUUCUCGGUCUGGAUCAUCUGCAAGAAUGAACGGGAUGCCAAUAACAAUGGCAUGGACCACGAUUACGAGUCUAAUGGAGUGAUGCUCCGCAACGCACCGGUUGGUCCAGUUGUUGAGAUUGAACUCCCAACCAUCAACACGAAUGAGAGCGACGCGGAUGGUAAGUACCACCGCAUGUUCUAA